UCACUUCCCCUAGGCGACGCAGAACCCUGAACCGGCCGCCUCCAUGCAAAAGGCAGGGCUACUGUUGCGUCCCUGUGCGCGGACGUGGAAGUCCGUGCGGAUGGCCAGCUCCGCGGUGGCGCGCCGGAACCCGCUUGAGAAUAAGGUGGCCCUAGUAACGGCCUCCACUGACGGGAUCGGUUUCGCCAUCGCCCGGCGUCUGGCCCAGGAUGGGGCCCACGUGGUGGUCAGCAGCCGGAAGCAGCAGAAUGUGGAUCGGGCAGUGGCAAUGCUGCGCGGGGAGGGGCUGAGUGUGACGGGCACCGUGUGCCAUGUGGGGAAGGGCGAAGACCGAGAGCGGCUGGUAGCCACGGCUGUGAACCUUCACGGGGGCGUGGACAUCCUGGUCUCCAAUGCUGCCGUCAUGCCUUUCUUUGGAAACUUAAUGGAUGUCACCGAGGAGGUAUGGGACAAGAUUCUGGACAUUAAUGUGAAGGCCACAGCCCUGAUCACAAAGGCAGUGGUGCCAGAGAUGGAGAAACGAGGAGGCGGCUCAGUGGUGAUCGUGGCCUCCGUAGGAGCCUACAGACCAUUUCCUGGCCUGGGCCCUUACAAUGUUAGUAAAACAGCCUUGCUGGGCCUCACCAAGAACCUGGCCGUAGAGCUGGCCCAAAGCAACAUUAGGGUGAACUGCCUGGCACCUGGACUCAUCAAGACUAGCUUCAGCCGUAUGGAAGAGAUUUCCCUUUUUCCUGCAGUUGUGGGAUGACCAGGAAACACUGGAGAGCCUAAAAGCAACCAUGCAGAUCAAAAGGUAAGGCUGGGGGCUUCCCUGGUGGCACAGUGGUUGAGAAUCCACCUGCCAAUGGAGGGGACUCGGGUUCGAGCCCUGGUCCAGGAAGAUCCCACAUGCUGCGGAGCAACUAAGCCAGUGCGCCACGACUACUGAGCCUGCACUCUAGAGCCCGCAAGCCACAACUACUGAGCCUGCAUGCCACAACUACUGAAACCCACGCGCCUAGAGCCUGUGCUCCACAACAAGAGAAGCCACUGCAAUGAGAAGCCUGCGCACUGCAACAAAGAGUAGCCCCCGCUCGCUGCAAGGAGAGAAAGCCCGUGCACAGCAACAAAGACCCAACACAGCCAAAAAUAAAUAAAUUAAAUAAAUUAAUUAAAAAAAAAAAAGGUAAGGCUGUCACAGGGGAGGGCAAGGAGGGAUAAAGAUGGUCCCUCACAGCCCACGGCUUGCUGACUCUCAGUCCUGCAGACAACACAGGCAUGCUUUCCUCUGCUUCAAACACACAGAUUUCACAAGUUCUUGAACACAGCAUUACUACAGUGGCGUGUGCAAGGAGUCUGCUUCCACUGCAAAAACGAAACACAGAGGCAUCCAGGUUUAGCAGAGCAGAGCCCUGGGGGAGGCCCUGACCCCUCUCUCCACCUGGGUGUUUGCCUCCACCUCUGGGCAUCCCUAAGGAUGAGGGACCAAAACCAAAACCAAAACAUGCUUUUAUUAGUUCCCCUUGAAUAAAAAGUCAUGUGUCCAAAGCUCAGGUUAGCGAUCCUAUAAUCCAAAUAAAAGGAAUGAAGAGCUUUACCAAGUCCCCAAACUCCCCUUGCCUAAGAAAGCUAGCCUCUUCCCCAAAGGGUUGGCCGAACUGUUCAGGUACCUUCAUCUGGCUCUCUUUCCUCUAAGUUCCCUGCCUCUCUCCAGCUUCUGGCUUCUGGGAACUCUCUUGUCUUUAGCUCCUCCGCCUUGUCUCCUCAAGGACACACAUCAGCAAUGCCUGCUUGAGGGGGGAGACACCCGCAAGUGCUCCCAAAGCCAUUCUGAGGUCAGGCAUGAGCUGCUGGCCUAGUUCACAACUCAUUAAUAAGUCAGGGUAUUGUCACCCUUGAGCCGCAGUGAAUGAUCCGGCCCCAUGCUUCUCAGUGUUGGAUGCACGUUAGCUGGGGUGCUUGUGAAACCACAGAUGCUCAGACCCCACUCCCAGAGAUUCUUUUUCAAUUGGUCCGAGGUAGAACCUAGGCAUCUUUGGCGGGGGUGGGGGUGGGGAGAGUUAAGCCUCUCGGACGACUACAGUGUGCAGCUAGGAUGGAGAACCACUAAUCCAGGCCUUCUAGGUUUGAGGUACCCACUCUACCCACCUCUAGAGCAUUCUAUAGCAGUUAGGUUGAAGUGUUCCCUAACAAUGCGAUCACUGAUACAAACACUGAGAAUUAGCACAGUCUCACAAAAUGACUUUAAGGGACAAAAAUAGAUUCCUGAAAAAGGUGUCUGUGAAUUGAAGCUGUACAAAUGGAAUCGUUUUAAACACAUCCUUUACCGUCUCACAGACUCCCUGACAUUCGAAUAGUAUGCACACAUGUGAAACAAAUUCUCUGAAGAGUGAAAUAGCUGCUCACCAGGUUAUCUAUAUAACUUUGGAUUUUGAUGUCCUGAGUUCUCUAAAAAACAAAGUAUAUAUUAUAUGAAUAUAAUGUGCAGUGGUUUUUGCAGAGUACAGUAUUAAUGCUUAUACUGAACUAUAACAGCUUAUAUUCAUGGUAACCCUAUUACUGCCCCUACCCUAUGGGCAGUACACUGGUCCUGAAAAAUCACCUGAUACUUCUUGAUUAAGCAAAUUUCAUUCCCAGGUUGAUUUUUACUCCCUUCUUUUUUUCC